GAGAUUGAAAACGGUGACACCCAAAAACAUUUUCAAUACAGAAACUAAGCGUAUGGACCCACAGCUAUACCACACUGCCCCAACUGUCACGUAUUCUUCUGCCACCCAACAACAACAUUGUAUUCUAAACUUUGUUCACUCUCUCUCUCUCUCCCCUUCUUUCUGCCACUUUUUCUCACUCUUUAAUGGCUGCCCGCAUCAAAAUUCCGCGUUAAACAAUCUUGGGUCGGUGCAAGUUUCCAUCUUUCUUCUUUUUUGGUUGUCAAAAGGACACUAAUAGGAAAAGUCUUGAUUUUUUUGGUGGGUCUUUUGUUUGGUCCAGUUUCACCCCCUAAAACGUUGUUUGAGAAUAUAGAGUUUCCAAGGCUUUUUUUUCUUCUAUCCAUAUCUGGGUCUUCGUGAAACUGAAACUGAAACUGAAGGAGAAUUUUGGUGAUGCAUAUUGGUUUUUUUUCCUUUGUGGCGGAGUUUAAGUGUGAAUGGUUUAUAAGAGUUUACAGUUUGGUUGGAAUUUCUUGGGGAACACUUCCUCGAUGAUGUGUCGUUGCUAGCUGGGAUUUGGAUGCUUCUUUGCUGUGUUAUUUCAGUGGUGGAAGAAGGUUGAGCAAGAUUAUACCUGUGAGGUGUUUUGUUUGAACAUUGGCAACAAAAGGCCAAGAUUACCCUAUUAACAUCCUGAGGAAAUCGAAAGAGGAAACUGUGCCAAUCAUUAUGGCAAAGAGGUCCCAACGAUUCGCUGUGCAGUAUGAGAAAGAUCAGUCAGGUUGUAUGUGGGGUUUUAUUAGUAUGUUUGAUUUUCGCCAUGGCCGCUUAACUCGAAAGUUGAUAGCAGAUAAGAGGCAUGGCAACAAGCAUGCUGUUGGUGCUUUUCUUACGAAGAACAAGUUUGAAACAUUAAGCAAUUUGGAUGAGGAAUGUCAAGGCAAUUUUGACAGAGGAGAAAGUAAGAGACUAACAGUCACUACUGAUGCUGAUAAACUUAGUGUGAAGAAACUCAUUGAAGAAGAGAUGAUCAUUGACCAGGAUGGAAUAAAGGAAGAAGGUAAUGCUGAAGUAGAGUCAAAGCAAUCCAGAUUAGGACAUGAAGACCCUCCAAAGACAGAUUCCAAAAGGAAAAAGAAAUCUCGCAAGAAAAGCCGUGAUAUGGACAGCCAUGAUUUGGAUUCAAUUGCAACCUUGAAACCUGAUGUUUCACAUAAUCAGCAUUCAAGGCAACGGUCAAAAGAUAAUUUUGAUUUGGACAAAAUAAUGGAGGAUUUCUGUCAUACAGAAGCUGCUUGUUCCAUGAUGCAUGACAAUGAUGACAAAUUCCAUGCACAAUCAAACCAAAAUCAUGUUGUUUCUGAAAAUCUUGCAAGAGAUGCAAUCCAUGAAUUUGUGAAUCAGAUGAUAUUGAAUGGGAAAGAUCUCCCUGAAGAUAGGAAAUUCCUUUGCUCAGAUGAAUUCAUGGAAGCACUUCAGGUCAUAAGUUCAGAUAAGGAAUUGUUUCUUCGACUUCUACAAGACCCAAAUUCACGCUUAUUAAAAUACAUUCAGGAGUUGGAGAAUGCUCGAGGGAAAGGUGACAAAGAUUGCAGUUCAGUUACUGGCUCCAAGAGCUCUGAUCAAGACCAUGUUGAUCUGAAACAAACUAGGGAGAUUGUCAACCGCAAGCAUCGUAACUUCUUCAGGAAGAGGGUGAAGUCUCAAUCAAAAAACCCAACAAAUGAAAAUGAGAAAACUGAGUUUUCAAAUAGAAUUGUCAUUCUGAAACCUGCACUAAUGGGCAUGCAAAUUUCUGAAAGUGAAAACAACCUUGCCUCAUCGCUAGAGUCUCAUAAUAUUGUCCAUUACAAAGGUCCUUCUGUGAGAGUUGGUUCACAUUUUUCUCUUACAGAGAUAAAAAAGAAAUUGAAACAUGCUAUGGGAAAAGAGAGACAUGGAAACCCUGAUGGGAUCACUCGAAAACUCCCCGUUGACCGUCAAAAUAAAGUGCCAGGAGGCAAAUCCAAUGGCAAAGAUAAUACUGGAAUGAGAUCUCCUAAUAAAGAUCAUUUCUUCAUUGAAAAAAUUGCAAGACCUAUGUUUGACGUUGUGAAAGGAAACAAGACCAGUACAUUGAAAGACUCUGAAUUGAAUGCGGAACAUGAAAGUGGUACUCCCAAACAAAGAGUUUCUAACAUAUACAUUGAGGCUAAGAAGCAUCUAUGUGAGAUGCUAGAUAAUGGAGAUGAGAACGCAAAUAUUUCAAGCAGGCAGUUUCCCAAAACCCUUGGGAGAAUACUUUCUAUUCCUGAGUACAACUUUUCUCCUCUUGGAAGUCCUGGAAGGGAUUUGGAGCGUCAUUAUGUGACUGCACAAGCAAGAUUUUCUUCUCCGGACAAAACUAGGGAGGUUGAUGCGGAUAACUUGUCUCCCAAACAAGCAACCUUUAUUGGUCAUCCAGAUCAGGAAACUAACAAUUUAGAGAAACAAUCAAGCAUUUGUGAUGAAAACUCUAAUGAUAAAGCACCAGACAAUAAGUCCGAGUCAAAUUUCUCCCAUGAUCUUGGUCAUGUUGAUACCUCCAAAGCCUGUUAUCCUGUUAGAGAUGAGAUAGUUGUCGAAGAUAAUGUAGAAUCCACAGAAGAGAAAAAUGUUCUGGAAUCAUCUUUGGAUCCAAAUGGCUUAAUUGCAGGAAAGGACCGAGAUCAUGAUAUCUUAGAAAUCCCUGAUGAUGCAAGUUGUUCUGAAUGUUUAAAUCAGGACAUAACAGAAGAUAACCAACCAUCAUCCCCUUGUCAAUCUUUCAUCCCUAAGAAAAUUGAAGAGCUAGAAAGUGGUACAGAUGUAUCCGGGCGACCAAGUCCUGUAUCUGUUCUUGACACAUCAUUCUCAGAUGAUGACAUUGGUCCUGGGUACUCCAGAUGUCAACCUGUUAAAUUACCUGUUCAACCACUACAAAUUCAUUUUCAAGAACGCGACUGUUCGCCAAGGGAACAAUUUAACAGAGGAAAAUAUUGUCUUGAAGAAAAUGAAUUGAUAUAUGAUUACGUUAAAGCUGUCUUUCACACCUCUGGCUUGACUAGAGAUCAAUUGUUGAUGAAAUGCCUUUCCUCAGAUGAGAUACUAGAUCCUUCCUUGUUUGAUCAGGUAGAGUUCUUUUCAAACCUGCUUUGCCAUGAUCAGAAGCUCCUAUUCGACUGUAUCAAUGAAGUUCUCAUGGAGGUAUGUCAGCAUUACUUUGGGGUCUCCCCUUGGGUAUCAUUUGUAAAUCCUAGCAUAAGGCCAAGUCCAUAUAUGAAAAGGGUUAUUCUCAAGGUUUGGGAAGGAGUGUGUUGGCAUGUCCUUCCCUUGCCCUUACCUCGUACUUUGGAGCAAAUUAUUAGGAAAGACAUGGGAAGAAGUGGAACAUGGAUGAACCUUGGACCUGAUGCUGAAAUGGUUGGUGUUGACAUGGCCGAGGCAAUUCUUGCUGAACUAAUGGACGAUACAAUACCGAGCCUUGUAAGUGAAAGUCCAGAAAGUAAAUGCUCUCUGCUUGAAUCUGAAUUGAAGGACAAUGAGAGCAACAUCAACUUGUAAAAGACAAAACUCAUGGCUUCAUGCUCAUGCUAACUGUUCAAGGAAUUUGCAUGUGAGGUGGAAAGGAUGCAAAGAAGCUAAAUAUCAAGCAGGGGGAUGAAAAUUGAUAAGGAAGAAUAUAGGAGACUUGGUUGGUUGGUACUGUUUCUUUUCACCAUGGCUGACUAUUCUGAUAUUGGAUACUAUAAUGUGAAUGAGGAUACUCAAAUAAGGAACCACCGCAAGUAACAAGAAGUAAAUACAGAGCCAAUUGCAAUUGCUUCUUGCGAAAGUACAUAACUAGGCUUGUUUUCAAUGACAAAACAGACAAAGCAACAGUUUUAUUCAGCAUGUGCCUCGUUUCACCCAGUGAGGGCGAGAAAGUGUUUGAUUGUAGAUUUUGUAAAGUUUGAUCUGUUGAUCCCAUUAGCAGGUGUGUUAUAGUUUUGUUUGAUAUCAUCCUUACUUUGUAUAUUUGCUUUUUGGUUAUCAUUUGUAUUCACAAGUUUGGAAAUAAUGAAAUGUAAACUCAACUUGGUGUAGUUUCAAAAGGAAGAUCUAAGCUGAAAUAUGAAUGACGUGACAAUAAAGAAGCCAGGAAGUUGCAGAAUGCUUUGAAGCUGUCCACUUGAAUUAUUGUUCUUGCUUUUGCUUCUUUUCCUGUCUGAUAAUGACCUUUCUGAAAGGAAUGUUCAAUAUCAAUGACAUUUAAAUCUAGUGUGAUUAUCAACUAAUAUAAUUGGCUUUGAUAUUUUA